AUUUUGUAGAGAAUGUUUCAAGUAUUUUUCUACUUUACAAUUACUAGUAAUAUCUUGAAGAAAAAUAUCAUAGCAUCCAAUAAUUUCGCACUCAAGGCUCUAGAAUGAAACAAAAGUCACUUUCAUGAUUCAUCAGAAACACGUAUUUUCAUCAUUUUAAAUUUUUUGUUCAAUAUACAAAUUUCUUUUUUCACUUUUGUAGUACUGUAUUGUCUUCUUCUUCCCUUUCCAAUUCGCGCGAAUUCUCCAGUGACGCAAUUUACUAGUCUGUUACAAACUUACAACCAUACAACUUGCACUUCAUUCUACUAACAAUUCAACCUACAAAAAUAAAAUAAAACAAAAUAAUAAAAUCGGAAUAUACUAAACCAACACCCUACUGCCACGUGGUUAAACGAUUGCUUACGUGGCUUCCAUGUACCCCUUUUUUUUAAUUAAUAAACCUCACUCACUUUCUGCCGCCUCAAAUUUCUCUGUCUAUAACCUUGCUCAAAAAAAAGUAAAAUAGAACAUACUUGAAUAUCCGGUAAGCUCGAAACUCUGUGAGCAGGUGGCGGCGGCGGCGCGGAGGAUCUGGACAUCAAAACGCCGUCAAUCUCAACGUUAGGUUUCCGUCCUUCAAUGGGGAUUCCUAACGACGACACCGUUUCGAUUGAGAGAGGGAAAAAGUCCGGUGAUCCUUGGGUUAUCACCGUUAAUUGCCCUGAUAAAUCUGGCCUUGGUUUGGAUAUUUGUCGCACCAUUCUUGAUUUCGGCCUUUUCAUUUCCAAAGGAGAUGUUUCAACGGAUGGAAAGUGGUGCUACGUUGUUUUGUGGGUGGUUCCUCAUUCUAGCACUUAUGCAGUUCGAUGGGAAAAUCUAAAAGAACGGCUUGUUUCAUUUUGUCCGUCAUGCUCUUUGUCAUUUUAUUAUACUCCACCGCCACCAUCCAAGUCCUCUGCUGUUUACUUGUUAAAGUUUUGUUGCCUUGAUCGUAGAGGGUUAUUAUAUGAUGUUACCCAUGUUCUCUGUGAGCUUGAGCUCAAUAUUGAGAGGGUGAAAGUGACGACGACUCCGGAUGACAGAGUCCUGGACCUCUUCUUUAUCACUGAUAACCUGGAGCUUCUUCACACAAAGGAGAGACAAGGAGAAGCAUACGAACGACUGCGUUGUGUUUUAGGUGAAUCUUGUAUUAGCUGUGAACUUCAGCUAGCAGACUCACAUCAUGAGGCCCGUAAACGUACCUCAUCCAUCUCCCCUGCUGUUGCUGAAGAGCUCUUUGCAUCUGAGUACUCUAAGAAGGAGUGCCAUAUGCAAGCUCUUAGCGCAGAUUUGACACUAUUGAAAAAGGCUGCUGUAAACGUGGAUAACUCUUUGAGUCCGAGUCAUACCCUAUUUCAGAUACAUUGUGUUGACCACAAAGGUCUUAUUUAUGAUAUCAUGAGAACUCUGAAAGAUCAUGAUGUAAAGAUUUCAUAUGGUAGAAUCCCAGAAGUUACAAAAGGACAUCGUGACAUAGACCUAUUCCUCCAGCAGAAGGAUGGAAAAAAGAUUUUGGAUCCUGAACGAGAAUAUUUCAUAUGUUCCUGUCUUAAGAUGGAAAUGCUUCACCCAUUGCGAGUGCUUAUAGUGAAUCGUGGGCCUGACACUGAAUUAUUGGUUGCUAAUCCAGUUGAGUCAUCUGGACGGGGAAGACCUCGAGUUUUCCAUGAUGCCACUCUUGCUCUUAAAAAGCUUGGCAUCUGCAUUUUCUCGGCUGAAAUAGGCAGGUAUUCUGCCUCAGAUCGGGAAUGGGAAGUGUAUCGUUUUCUUUUAGAUGAGAAUUGUGAAUAUCAACUGACGACAACAAGUGCUAGGAAUCAGAUUGUAGACAGAGUCAGAAGAUUGCUGAUGGGCUGGUGAAUGGGUUGAUGAGCCAAUGCACUUGCUGCUGUCACAUUUCGGUUUUCAACUCUUUUACCAGUGUGCUGCAUUGUAUCAGCUUCUUGAGCUUAUUUUGAUGUACAGCGUUUUAUAUUCCUAUUAGCUUAAGAAUGUUUGGAUAGCAAUAGUGGUAGGAAAGGAAGGAAAGAGAGGGAGGGGAUGGAAAGGAAGAAGUGGUUUUUUUUUUUUAACUUUGGAAGGAUUUGGUUUAUGAAAAGGGAGAAGAAAUUGGAUUCCUCCAUUCGCUUUCCCUCCUUCCUCCUAAUCCAUAUCCAAUUGAAGGAAUAUAAAUCCAUAGCUCUCCCUCUCCCCCUUCCUCUCUUUUCUCUGUAGUUAUUCUCCUCCAAUGACAUUGUAAGUGAUCCAUAUAUUUUCGGUUUUGGAGUAGAGAAUUAGAAUGUACUUGCACCGUAAGCUAUAAUACCGCUUGAUUUUGAUACUCAGUUUGUGCAAUGGCUUGCUUGAUAUGCUUGUGUUU